AUGUACAAGGGUGUCGGGGAUAGCUCAUCGUCUGGCACGGUCAUCGCCAACACCACCCACACCCUUUUGAAGAACGGUAAAAUUGUGCAAAAGUCGAGGAUCCGGAAGCUCUUCAUCACGGACGAGACGAGUAGAAUAUUCCACCCGACACAGAGUGGACACACGCUCAUCGCCAAUCUGAUCUUGUAUCAAAUGGCCGCGAAUAAUGCAGCAUCUCAGGGGAAUGCCGCCCAAUUCCCGCCAGCAGAGGUGACUUUCUUCCGGGGGACAUCCAGCUCAGAUCGGAGGCGCUGCUUGUAG